AAAAAUUUUUAAAAGCAAUAUAAGAAGUAGUGGCAUAUGUACAAAUAGAAAGCAAAACAAAAAUAUUGAGUUUAGAUUUUCCAGCAUAUUUGGGGAUGUACUGUAUACUGUGCCCUGUAGGAGGUCACCAGCUCCACCAGGUGGCAGUAAUGAGCACUGUUGAACUGCGGUAAAACCUCAAAGAAGAAGAAUCGAAUGACGUCACACACCCGGAAGUCAUGUUCAUUCAUUUGAACCGGUUUUUGUAGAUUCUGUCGAAGUUGCAUCGCAUCUCAUGGUAGCACUCUCUUCUGCACGUACGAGCGAUGUUGCUGCUGGUGUUGGGUGCCCUCCUCCUCCUCUUCUGCAGUCUGGAUGUGUGGUACUUCCUCCGGGGGGCCCAGGUAUUCUUCGAAGCGUGGUUCCAACCCAGAAUAUGGGACAUGCUGGCUGAGCAAAGCAUUGACGGCAUGGUCCUUCCUCAUGAUUUGGACUAUAUGGGCCACAUGAACAACUCCCGAUACCUACGAGAGUGUGACUUUGCCCGUUUCCACCAUUACAUGCGAAACGGGCUCUUCAUGGCCUCGCGCAAACUGGGGGCCAGAUUGGUGGUAGGGGCCUCCACCAUCCGGUAUCGGCGCUCCCUGGCCUUCCGUGAGGCCUUUGAGAUUCGGACCAAAAUAUUGGGAUGGGAUGAGAAGGCGUUUUACCUGGAGCAGCGAUUUGUGUCCAAGAAAGAUGGUUUCGUGUCUGCGGUGAUGCUCUGCAGGCAGAACGUGGUGCGCUGCACCCCUGAGAAGAUCAUCGAGUUUGUCUGCAAAAGAAAGAUCGAGUGCCCCGAAUUUCCCGAGGACCUCAAACACUGGAUCAGCUUCAUCUCAGCCAGCAGCCAGGCUCUGAGAGCAGAGAGCGGACUGGAAGAGAAGAACAAGUGAAACUCCACACCGUGACAUCGUGUAUCAUGAGUGUAGGCCCACAUAUCAUCUGCAUUGCACGCACAUAACCAGUAGACAUACGAGAACAUCAUAGACGGUGUUUAGUUGACUCACAAGAUUCCAUAUAUCUCCGUUUUCGGGUUGAUCCUUCCUGCUGUGUAUUUUUGUAUGACUUGAACAGAAAUACUGAACUAACGAAAACUUGAACUGUAGGUUAGUCCAUAUUUUAAAAUGCACUAUAUGCAUUGGGAUUGUAUUUAAAGUUCUCUCCGAAUGAAGUGACGCAAGAACGUAGCUUUCCCCUCGCAGCUCACACACGGGCUUUAGGCGUCGUCAUUCUCAUUUUUAGCAGAAAACUUCAGAUAAGCAUGUAGAGCAAAAGUUAAUCUUCCACUGACAUCAACGCAUGUUUUGAAACAUACAGAAGAUUUCUUUUGUGCCUGUUUCUCUUAAUUAGCCGUAGUUUACAGUUACAGUUUCAGAGAAUUAUAACUUUUUACGAAAAAAAAGAAAAAGCGUAGGUGUAAUGAAAAUGCUUGAAGGGACAUCAUGAACUUUUUGCACAACGUACCCCAAGUGACGAGACAAAGUGAAUUCCUCUUAACAAUAUGAAAGGGAAUAUUUGGUUUUAAAGGCAUAGUUCAGAUUUUUUGAAGUGGGGUUGUAUGAAGUAUCGGUAGUCCGUGUAUUACAUAAGGUACUCGACAUAGUCUCUCGACAUGACCCCAGUUUUGAGAAGAAGGCGGAGUCCAACAUGGAAGAUAACGUUGCUGUGGAGAGGUCAGCAACAAAACAUAUUUUAGCCACCUAUUGACCUAAAACAUUUUUAUCAGUUUAAGUGGACGCUAUUUUGAGAGUAUUUUCUUCUCUUUAUCUUUCGCUUUUUUUUCGCUCACCCGUCAGAGAGCCUGUUCUGAUGGGAAAGCCCUUAAUGGCUUCAGUUCCCCACCUUUGCUCUCAUAAAGCCACCAGCCUCCACUGACAAAAACAGUCAUUUUAGCUGAACA